AUGGAUGUGGUCCCGAGGGCGGGGCGGCCUCUCAGGACCCGACGGAGGAGCAUCGCGCACGCGCAGAGCCGGGACGGGCUGAUGCAACCUCGAGAGCGCGGCGGCCGGCAGGGAGGGAGGGAAGGGCAAAGUCCGGAGCUCGACCAAUCAGCUGCCGCCCGGAAGUGGGUGCGCGCAGGCGCAGACGCGCAAGAGUCCGCCUUCCCACUCAACUCCGCGCGAGCCUCCCCGCCGACCUUUGCGACGUCCGUGGGUGCGACGGCCUGCGCGGCCAUUUUGGGCUCGGCCGGCUUCUCGCGCGCGCCCGUUGGGGGGUCGUACGCAUUCCAUCCGGGGUCGCGCGGCCCAGUCCGGAGCCGGAAGUGCUGCGUGAGGGAUGCGGGCGGAGGGUUGAAGCAGGCCUCGGGCUGUCUGGAACUCCUCGUCCUUAACGUCAGGAUGGGUGUCGUCGCUGUGGGCUCUAGAUUCUGCGUUUGCCGUUGCGGAUUCGAAUCCGCCGUCAGCGGCCGGAGCCGUUUUCCCCGCCUGCAGCCGCCGCGCCGAGGAGAGAUGGAGCCGGGCGGAGGCCGGGCGCCGCUGACGUUCCUGCGCUGGCGCUCCCGGGCCGCCGCCGGCUCCGCAGCGGCCGGCCCGAAGCGCGAGGCCCGAGGCCGCUCCUGGCUGCGGCUGCUCCGUCAGCUCCUGGCGCCGCUGCCCGGCCUGCUGCAGCGCCUGCUGCUCUGGAGCCAGCUGUUCGGCGGCCUCCUGCCCACUCGCUGGCUGCACCUGGCCGGCGGCUGCGGCGCCCUGCGAGGCCUUCGGGCGCGGGGGGAACCGGCCGCCCCGCCGGCGCCCAAGACGCUCAAGCCGGUCGACGACCCCGCCAACGCCGCCGCCUGCUCCCUGGACUGGCUGGACGACGGACUGGCGUGGCCGGGCCCGCUCCGGGAGCUCGAUCUCGAGCUCGAUCUCGACUCGGAGCUGAAGCCCAAAAGCCGCGCGCCGGACCCCGCGGCGCCCGCCUUCCUCCUGGAGCCGCUGCCGCGGCUCUGGGGCGUGGAGCAGCUCCUGGGCGGCCUGUUCGCCGAGCGGGCCCCCCGCAGCUCCCCGCCCCGCGGCGUCUCCUAUUUGCUCAGCGCGGCCUAUCUCGACGAGCCCAUCUCGGCGCGCGGCGGGCUCCGCGCUCGCUAUCGGGUCGGCGUGGCCGGCGGCGGGCUCCCGCCUUGGCAGCCGCGCGGCCCCGCCAGCUGCUGCGCCUUCGAGGAGCCGACGCGGCCCCCGCGUCCGCUGAGCGCCGCCGCCCCGCUAUGCCCGAGCCCGCCGUCCCGGGAAGGCCUGCCCGAGAUCCAGCACCUGCGCAUGAAGCGCCUGGAGUUCCUGCAGCAGGCCAGCCGCGUGCCCACGCUGCCCACCCCCGAGCAGGACCAUGGCUACCACAGCCUGGAGGAGGAGCACUGCCUGCGGCGCGCCGACCUAAGUCGGCCGACCCCGGGGCCCGCCCGAGCCGCAGCCGCAGCCGGAGCCGAGUUGUUGCUGGCUGAAGACGAUCCGCCGGCCCCGGGCCCGUCCGCAACGUGGCCUCCGCCUUCGCCUUCGGCGGCUGAGCGAAGACCCAUGGAAGAAGCCGACCCCGACUUGGCGGACGAGCCCCCGGUGUCCGCCAGGCCCGCCUGCAGCAACCCGCUGAUCGACUACAUCCUGGGGGGCGCGUGUGGGGACCCGGAGACCAGUAGUUCCGAGUCCGAAGGGGAGGACUGGUCCGACGACGCCGCGGACGAUGGUUUCGACAGUGACCGCUCGUUCUCCGAGUCGGAGCCGGAGCCGGACUCGGAAGGCCUCUGGAACUCCUUCUACAGCGGCGACCCCUACAACCCCCAGAACUUCACAGCGACGAUGCACACCGCCGCCCGCGCCGCCGCCGGGGCACACCCGUCGGACGCGGGGGAGAGCUUGGCGGGCCAGUCGGGGCGGGCGCCUUCGCCCAGCCUGGCCGGCCUCCCCGAGGCCCCCGGCCCACUUUCCGGGGAGGAAGACGAUUGGGAGUCGAGCGCCGACGAGGCCGAGAGCCUCAGCCUCUGGAACUCCUUCUGCGACUCCGGGGACCCCUACAACCUUUUCAAUUUCAAGGCGCCUUUUCAAACCGCACGGAAAGACUGGAAAGGCCUGACUGGCGCCGACAGGUGCCCCGAGCCCAUUGUGGCCAUUUCUGAGAAACACACAGCCCUGUCCUGUAAGGUGCGGUUGGUGGGGAGCCCGGAAAAAGACUGCGCCAGCUUGGUACACUCCGUUCUUUGCCGACAAGGACACACUCGGGCCAGAAGGAAAAAGGUAACCUUCCUUGAAGAAGUUACUGAGUAUUAUAUUAGUGGUGAUGAGGAUCGCAAAGGACCUUGGGAAGAAUUUGCCAGGGAUGCAUGCAGGUUCCAGAAACGAAUUCAGGAAACAGAACAUGCUAUUGGAUAUUGCUUGACAUUUGAGCACAGAGAAAGAAUGUUUAAUAGACUUCAAGAAACAUGCUUCCAAGGACUUAAUGUUUUCGAACAAUGUUAAGGUGAUUUGAUAGCCUCUGGCCCUCACCUGCUCUAUUUUGUAGAGAUUUAUUUCAAAAACAACAGUUGGCAGCUGUUCUUUGACUUUUUAAAAGAAAGUCCAGUGACCUAGCUUCAUAUCUUUUUGUUACAUCUCAUUCAAACCUAGUUCUGAAGCUAGCCCUUGAUAAUGGAGGGUGAAAGGGUGUGAUCUCUUACUCAUUCUCCCUUACUUAGUUGUAUGUGUUUUGAAUGCCAUUAAUUUGCUGAGGUUAAAGAGGGCCAUUUAAGGUGUGAUUUUGCACUUUUAAAAUUUUCUUGGAAACAAUAUUUAUAGUUUCUAAUUCUAAUUUAUAAGUACCUUUGUCUAGAGUCUAGACUUUGGACUCUCCUUCCCUUGUAUCAUUUUGGAAUUAAUGGGCUUUCUGGUUCCUCCACCUUGAGUUAUGCUUUUGUUUUUUUUUCUUCAUCAAUUCAGACUUGACACAUCUGUGUUAAGACUAAGAAAGUAAUAUUUUAUUUGCUAAUUUAAAGCACCUUAUGUCACCCUUCUUAAAAUGACUGAUUGGAAAUAUAUAGUAGGCUUUUAUUCUGCAUCAGACUACUUUUUUCCAAAGAAUUGUCGCUGGAUCUGCAUGUGCAGUACUUUGCAACUUUGGGAAAGCUACAUCUUUCUGCCAAAUUUUAGUCUCUACUCUAUUAAACUACUCUCUGUAAAGAGUUCUCUAAAUGUUAUUGUGGGUCCAGUUGAAUGGUUCUUUGUAUCUUCAACAGGUAGAAAUAAUGGAAGACUCCAGAAAGUACAUU